GGAAAUAUCACGACGAAACAGAAAUAUUAUUAAACUAAACUUGGAACCAAAUUGCUAGAAGGCAUGAUGAAGAUUACAAGUGCUUUGUUCGUACACUUAAUAAUCAGUCUUUAAAUCAGAUGCAAGGAAAUGAAAGCACACUUGAAAACAUCGUUGGGUUCAGACGUCUAAAUGUUCUGGAUGGAUAUUCAUGUCCAGUAAACAAUACAAUCAAAGUCGAAAACCAAGAAAAUAAACUUUUGUGUUUGAUUCUUUGUUCCAAACUGAGCUCAUGCAAAGGUGUUUACAUUUUACCGGACUCUAAAGAAAGAUGUGUUAUGUGCUCUGCAACCUUUUUCACUAUUGACAUCAGUCAAGAGAUAAGUACAACACGUCAGUUUUACAAACGUAUCAGGAGAUCGAGAAACAAUGUAACGACCUCUGGAGUUUCUGCAUACAGUUUUGCAAAAGAACAAUUGAACUGGACCAGUGCAGAGGAAAAUUGCAAAAGUUACGGAGGACAUUUGGCGAAGAUUAUCUCUGAUGAAGAAAAUGAGUAUGUAGUUAAUGUUAGUGCAUCAUACCAAUAUGGGAUCUGGAUAGGUGGAUACGGAGUCGGCGGGCCGGUUGACACAUUCAGAUGGUGGGAUGGGUCACGUUUAGUUGACGGAUAUGACAAUUGAAGUAAAGGACAACCUUGGACAAAAGAACCUGAUCCGACGUGUAUUGUCUUAUUUAAGACAGCAAAUGGACAAUGGGGAGAUGAGGAUUGCAAUGGCAAAAGGCGUGGUGUAUGCAAAUUUGAGUAAAUCACAACAUAAUUUAAUUAUUCUGGUACUAACUUAAUUAAAAAAUGUAAGCAUUUUAUUCAUGCAUAUUAUAGAUUCUUACACGCUUCACACUAUUCCCAAAUUAUAAAGAAAGGACAAUAAAGUGUAUUAUUACAUGCUUACACGUCAUAUGCCGUUAUUAAUGACGUCAAUAGACCAAAUGACGUCAGGAAAAUUAUUAAGCCGCUCAAUGUAGUUCAAAAAACUUUGAUCAAUUCUCUAUUUAUAAGCAUGUUAGGAUUGAAAUAGACAUUGGUUUUUCUUGCAUUACAGUUUAAUAAUGCAUGGCUCAAAGUUAUAAAAUUCAUAUCUAUUUCCUAAUUAUUGAUUUGCACAUUUUAGAUCUAAAUCAAGUUGCUAUACAUCAAGGUAAUUUGUAUAUAUUGGCAGACAUGAACGAUAGCAUUUUGAUUAUGACAGCAUUCAUAAUUAAAGAUAUACUAUCCUCAAAUUUGAUAAUAGAAAAUAUUGACAAUAGCUACACAUUCUCUUUGUAAAUAUGAAAUAAACAUGUUUUAACUUUACUUAAAAUCAUACACACUACAUGGGAUCGCAAUAUAAAUAUAUAAUGUCAUUAAAAAAACUUUCAAUCCUUUCUUUUAUUGUCCUGUUCUAGGAAAAGCAGCUUUCCAUACAUAGUCUAUUUAUUCUGUUAUUCAAGUUUCAACUAUUCAGUUAUGAUUUCACAGCUUUCAAAAUAAAUUCAAGGAUGAGCAAUUGUAUAUCUUUAAUUUAAGAGCAUUAGAAUAGUAAGUUUAUAGAUACUUUAGCCAAACAUUUACAGACUCCUUCAGAAUAAUCAUUUGCUCUUUUCGUAUCAAUAAUGUUUAAUGUGCUACAGAAAAACUCCUCAAUAACCCAAUGAACCAAACUUAAAGAAAAUACGUUUUUGUCUGAAAAAUUUCGCAAAGAAA